CUCUUAAGAGCUUACGGAUCAGAUGAGAGGGAAAGCUAUGUAUUGGAUCAAGAAAGAUCAAGGCUGAGAAGCUGGAGACUAGCAUCUCGACACAUUUCAACGGCUCUCUCAUCCAGACUACCUUCAUUAAAAUGCACAGAAGAGCUUUCCUUGAAACCUUGGGCCAAAUCCUCGAAAUCUGGCGGGAAAGAUCAGUCAUCUCAGGGAACCCGCAAAAUUCUAGACACCAAAUGCUGCAGCACUCAGUCAUACAGCUCAAUGCUGAAAGGUGGUGAAGAGAAUUCUUCCCAGUCCCGCGGAUUAUUCCGGUCACCACGCCACCUUAGUGCUCUGGCUCUGAGGGUGAACUUUCCUUCAGCCAUUGAUUUACCAUCAGCUAAAACAGCUUGAUAAACUGCAAUGCGUUGGUACGAGUGAAGUGCCAACUUGUCCAAGGGGGUAACCGCGCAUUGAGCUGUUAAAUCCCGGUAUUGGAUUUUCUGGAACCUGAUGUCUAUAUGCUAUGUACAAUACAUUUCUAGCCGGGCUUUUGGGCUGAUCACCAUAAAUAAUUCCAAUAGCAUGGAGUGUGUCUUUUUGGUGCAUCCUGAAAUAUUGUCUUUUUGGCCUUGCUAUCUGUAUGGAUGGAUAACUGUGCAUCUGUUGGGUGGGAAGGGUUGUUUAGUGAUGUCUAGAGCAGCUUUGAUAUCACUUUCAGAGCUUAUCAGGAAGCAAAGAAUCUUCUUCAUAAGCGAUUCAGGGGAAUCUCUGCAUCUGUUAUCAGUGCAAGAAAGCCUCAUAAUUUGCAAAUUAACACCCAGAGAUUAAUAUAAGCAGGGUGGAAGAUUCAGUGUCAAAG